AUGACCAUCUGCGCUUUCUUCCAGCAGGGUCGCUGCAAAUUUGGUGACCGCUGCAAGUUCGAGCACCCUGGCCGCAAUACAAACGGUUCGUCGGGGAACCGGUUUGGUGCUCUCGCCGCUGGUGGCUUUGGUAAUCAAGGCUCGCGACAGACCCAACAAUCAACAGAUUACAACUUGAAUGCCAGCGACAUUAAGCUCGACCUGACUGUUGGUAAAGGUCGCCCAGAAUGGAUAUUCUCUGCAUACGCACCUUUGCGAGACCUUCCACGGCAGCUAUUCGGUGGUCCCCAACGAGAGCAGAGCAUGGAAGAGAUGCGACUUCGCCACUACCAAGCAGCAGCAGCAGGCAACAUGAAUCAGGCUAUGCAGGAGGCCGAGGCUCUGUAUGCGGAAUCAGCGAAACAGAUGGAAUUGGCGUUGAGUGAUAUCAACGGCGCCAUCCAGUACAUCACUGAUGGAGCUAAAGAACAUCCGAACCGAAUCGACAUCGUCAAUGGCAACACUGACUCCAAUGCGAACCAGGUAUCACCUGCUUUCGGCCAAUCAUCCACCCCCGCUCCCACCAAUGCAUUCGGAGGUAGUUCUUCAUCGACAACCUUUGGCCAACCAUCAGCAUUCGGAGGCAAUUCCUCAUCGACAGCCUUUGGCCAGCCAUCAACACUCGGAGGCAAUUCCUCAUCGACAGCCUUUGGCCAGCCAUCAACACUCGGAGGUAAUUCCUCAUCGCAAGCCUUCGGCCAACCAUCAGCUUUCGGGCAAACUGCUUCCCUCGGCCAGCCGUCUGCCUUCGGACAACCAUCCAGCCUUGGCCAAAAGCCAUCUCCCUUCGGUCAACCCUCAGCCAUGGGAGGACAGGGUGCCUUCGGAAAGCCGGCAUUCGGCCAGCCAGCACAACCUGGCAACACCCAGCCUGCGUUCGGUCAAUCAGGAUUUGGCCAGCCGUCGGGCCCAGCACCCUUCGGUGGUGCUGCAGCAUCUCCGUUCGGCACGGUCAACCAGAACGCCAACCCCUCUGCAUUCGGACAGCCGCCAGCCCAGCAACCUGCUACAGCCGCAAAUCCUUCACCAUUCGGUCAGGUAGCCACACAACAAGCCGCUGCGCCAUCUGGGUUUGGCCAGCCAUCAGGCACAAGUGGCUUUGGCCAGCCUUCCCAAAAUCCAACACCAUUCGGUCAACCCCAGCAGGCUAAUCCAAAUCCGUUUGGCCAACCACCCGCCGCGGCAAACCCAUUUGGAGCCCCGCAAGCUGCUCCUGCUCCCUUUGGUCAGCCUGCAGCUCCUCAAGGGUUACCGGUAGCAAAUGUCGAUGCUGGCCCGCCUGCAUUCAUGCAAAUCGAUGACCCUAAUGAGUUGAACCCGCUGCCACGACUGCAGGGUGAAACCAGACGUGAUCCUGGCUCUAAUAGGCUCACUGCAUGGAAAGGCCGACCCGUGCGAUACGUUAACAAUUACCCUUGCUAUGAACACCCGCAAGACCCCAAGACUCUGGUUCGUAUUAAUUUCCCUGAUGGACCGCCUGAUGCAGCUACUCUACGUGAUUCUCAAGGGAAAGAAGAUGAGUAUACACCAGAGGUCAUUGAGAUGUAUCAAUUCUUCCUUGCGAAUGGAUACUUCAAGGAUGGCAUUAUUCCGGCGGUGCCACCCAAGAGAGAAUGGAUCAGUUUUGAUUUCUGA